CUGGCAGCGACCUCUUUGAAUAAAGGUUGUUUUCAAAGUCAAUCAGACAUGAACAAAGUUGCACUUAUUACAGGUGCAAGUUCUGGUAUUGGAGAGGCUACAGCUGUUGAGCUUGCAAGUCGUGGAUGUGCUGUAGUUAUCACUGGGAGAAAUGUUGACAACCUCAAUAAGACAGCAGCUGCAUGUUAUGAAAAAGGACUGAAAAAAUCACAGGUUCUCAUUGUUCAGGCUGAUUUGACUAUACAAGCUGAUAUAGAAAGGAUCAUUGAGAAAACAAUAGAGCAGUUUAAAACAUUAGAUAUUCUGGUUAACAAUGCUGGAAUCAUGGUGACUGGAGGGCUGAGGAAUUCCUCAUUAGAGGACUUUGACACACUAUACAAUACCAAUGUUAAGCCAAUGUACUACAUCACUAAACUGGCUGAGCCAUAUCUUACUAAAAACAAAGGGAGUAUAGUGAACAUAGGCAGCAUAUCUGGCAUGAUGCCCAUGUCCUUUGUGAUGUUGUACGCAAUGACGAAGGCAUCCAUUGAUAUGUUCACCAGGUGUAUUGCACAAGAGCUAGCCCCAAAUGUGAGAGUGAACUCAGUUAACCCAGGGGUGACAGUUACUGAUCUACAUCUCAGAUCUGGUAUGGGAGCAGAAGCGUAUGAUAAGUACCUAGAUAUGCAGCAGCACCUUAAUCCUAUACCUCGGGCUGGAAAACCAGAAGAGAUCGCAAAGACUGUUGCAUUUCUUGUGUCGGAUGAUGCCUCUUAUAUAACAGGGGCACUUCUUCCAGUCGAUGGAGGCAGAAUAUGUGUGACCCCAAGAUAUGCCUCAAAACCAACGUGAUGAAGUGUUAUGCAGUUUUACAUGGCUUCUGUAUGAAACGCACAAUUUUUGGACUUAUUACAUAUGAAUAUUGGAAUAGAGUUCAUGAUUUUAUGAAAGUAAUUAAAAGGGUAAACACACAUUAAUGAAUAUUUUGUAUUUUGACUCUGAUAGAGCCCAUGGUAUGUAUAAACCCACAAUUUGCUUGAAAAGUCAAAACCAACAUAAUGUAGUGUUCUUGACUAUAUAUGGCUUUUAUCAGUUUAUAUGAAAUGUACAAUUUUGAUACUCAUUGCAUAUUGAUUGAGUACAUAAAAAGUAAAAAUAAAGUACUUAAAAAUGAAUAUUUCUU